AUGAAGUUAACCGGCAAAGAGAUCAGAAUAUGCUCUCUCCUGCUCCUAGAUACGGUUUUUUUCGUUUUGGAGAUUACCAUCGGGUACAUGUCUCACUCGUUGGCGUUGAUUGCAGACUCGUUCCACAUGCUGAAUGAUAUCAUCUCUCUGUUGGUUGCGCUGUGGGCUGUCAACGUAGCCAAGAUCCGCAGUCCUGACGCUACGUACACGUACGGCUGGAAAAGAGCGGAAAUUCUCGGUGCUUUGAUUAACGCAGUCUUUUUGAUCGCUCUAUGUUUCACAAUUUUGAUCGAGGCCAUCCAGAGAUUAAUUAGCCCACCUGUUAUCGAGAAUCCCAAGCUGGUUCUUAUCGUUGGGUUCGCAGGUCUAGUCUCGAAUUUUGUCGGCCUAUUUUUGUUCCACGACCACGGCAGUUCCCAUGGCCAUGGCCAUGGUCACAGUCACGGUGGUGGGAGCACUGCACACGCUGACGAAGAGGCCGCUGAACACCAUUCCCACACUCACAACGUCUACACCUCCUCCGAACUGGAACAAAAUGAAAGCGAUAUCUCCAUCGACCAUUCUAAUGAUAAUAUCAGAGAUGUGUGGCCACAAAGUGUUGUUGAAAGAAUGUCUAAUGAACAUACCGGUCUAUUGAAGAAGAAUGAUCACACCCAUGCGACGGAAGAAACAUCUACGGACGAUAAAAAGGCCAAGAAAGGGCCAAAAUCACUCAAUAUGCAUGGUGUCUUUUUACAUGUGCUAGGUGAUGCCUUGGGUAAUGUUGGUGUUAUCAUUGCUGCUCUCUUCAUAUGGAAAACGAAUUACUCGUGGAGAUUUUACUCUGAUCCUUUAGUAUCCUUGAUUAUUACUGUCAUUAUCUUCUCGUCGGCAUUACCUCUAUCCCGUCAAUGUUCAAGAAUAUUAUUACAGGCUACGCCAUCAACGAUAUCAGCGGAAAAGGUUCAAAAAGAAAUCUUGGCAGUUUCUGGUGUUAAAUCCGUUCACGAUUUCCAUAUCUGGAACUUGACUGAAUCUUUUUACAUUGCAUCGCUUCAUGUGAAAAUCGAUUGUUUGCCAAGUCAAUUCACAACUGUUGCCAAGGGAAUUAGAAAUAUCUUACACAAUCAUGGUAUUCAUUCUGCAACUGUUCAACCAGAGUUUGCAUCAAAGGAUGUCAGUUUAGAUACUUCUAAGAGAUUUUCUUUGCUAGCUGGUUCGGGGCCAAUACACAAUGAAUCCCCAGAUGAUUUGACUGAGCAAGAAGGAUCGACACCAACACCUGGUUACGGUUCAACCAUAUCUGAUGGCAAUUGUUUAGUUGAUCAAGCAGCAAACUGUAAUGCCGAUGAUUGCUUGCCAAAAUAG